CAAUAAAUUGAAUCAAAGGGACGGGUAAAAGUCUGUAAUUUUCUGAUAACAUUUAGGUAGCGUUUGCCGCCAAUCCAUUAGCAAAAUCGGGAAAACGGAGCAAAUACAAAAAUGGCGACGUUAACGACAAUGGUUUCUUGUAAACCUCCAAACCGUACAAAAACUCCAUUACCACCCAUCGCAUUUUCAUCGAUAUCAUUCCCUCUUUCUAUCUCAUUUUCUCUCAGGCAAAACAUCAAACAGUUGGUGUGCAACGAUGUCGCAAGAUGUUCACUAGACAAUCCAGACUCAAACGAGCAAAUGGGAACGUACCCAAGACCUUCAGAGAUCCCGUGGAAGAAAGAACUCUGUAAUUCUGUUCAACUUAUAGGGAUUGUUGGGGUACCUGUUCAACUUACCCACCUUAGUUCUGGCAAAGUUGUUGCUUCUACUCGUAUUGCUGUCCGAAAAUCUGCCACUGAUACUAGUUGGAUCAAUCUGACGUUUUGGGAUGAACUGGCACAUGUAGCUAACCAGCAUUUGCAGAAAGGUCAGCAGAUAUAUGUCUCUGGUCGUCUGCUGUCAGAUACUGUUGAAACUGAAGAUGGGAAACAACAGACUUACUACAAGGUAACCGUUCAGCGACUGAACUUUGUUGAAAGGAACUCUUCUUCCCCUGUGGCUUUAUAUGAUGGUAGCUCUGAUUUAAUGGCGACAUUCGGAAAGUCUGAGAACACUGCUGCGACGAGUAAGCUUUCCACUCUAGAGUUGUGGCAAGCAUUUUUUGCCAACCCGACAGAGUGGUGGGACAAUCGUAAGAACAAGAAAAAUCUUAAAUAUCCCGAUUUCAAGCACAAAGAUACAGGGGAAGCUCUGUGGGUGGAAAGCAGGUAUAAUCCUCCAUGGGUGAAAUCUCAACUGGAAAAAUUGGAUCCGAAAAUGCAGUCUUUUCAAGUGCAGGAAAAAAGAAGUUUCUCCAGUUAUUUCGAUGGCAAUUACUAAAAUACGAGUACCCAUUUAGUUACUUCGUUGCUAAUCGAUAUUUUCUGUACACUUGUUUGCAUAUUUACUGUCGAAUUCGUCCUGUUUGUCGAUAGAUCAGUGAGAAAUAUGAAUUGUGAACUCAGCUUAUAUCUUUUGUACAGAUAGUAUUAGCCAUUUGGUACUCUCAUCGCCUGUCUAAUGAAAUGUACAAUUUCUCUUGAUGAAAAACUUCUAAGUUCUAAUC